GGCGGCACAAGAGGGGCAACGCACCUUUCUCACACGACCGAGGAACAGCAGCGAGAGGACGGGUCAGGAAAGAGUGGCACUGAGAAAGGAAGAGGAAUAGCUGAGAAGAUAUGGUGCGCUCAUCUGAACAAGGGAUCCCUGCCUGGGUCUAUGUUGGCACCCUGUUCUUUUUCAUCAACUUCCACUCAGUCACGGUUACAGGGGCUGCUCUGAAGCAGGAGGCUGCGUUGGACAGCGGCGCCACGGUGCUGAACAACUCCAUGGGUUUGGUGCAGCGCAUGGAGACGCUGCUGGCCUUGGGGAAUGGCAGUGAUGUCAGCCUCCGCGUGCAGACCAUCAACACGGACGAGGUGAAGGUGAUCCAGGCCCACAGCCUGCUACUCACCCUGCAGAGUGACGUGUUUGAGGAUCUGCUGCUCAGCCGCAACACCAGCACUGUGGUUUUGAGGGAGACGCCCGAGUGUGCAGCUGUCUUUGACAAGUUCAUCAGGUAUCUGUACUGUGGUGACAUCUCACUGCGGCUAGAUCAGGCCAUCUCUCUGCAUAAGCUGGCCAGCAAGUAUCAUGUGUGGGGCUUGCAGCAGGGUCUGACCCAAUAUAUGACCCAGCAUCUCUCUAGUGACUCCCCAACGGGUCAUGUGGUCGGUUGGUACAACUACGCACAACAAAUCGGGGACCUGGCCCUGCGGGACAGCUGCCUGCAGUACCUGUCCUGGAACCUAUCUUCUGUGCUGCAGAGCGGGGAAUGGGGUUCCAUCAGUGAAGACCUGCUCCUCUCCUUGCUCCAGCGCUCUGACCUAAUUUUGCAGAGUGAGCUGGAGCUUUACGAGGCCCUGGAGGCCUGGAUUAGCCAGAACCAGCCCAUCAGUUCGACAGUGGAGAGUGCCCUUAAGGCUGUUCGGUAUGGCAUGAUCCCACCCCAGCACCUCUUCCGUCUUCAGAGGCAAUCGGCCCUCAUGCUCAAAUAUUACGAGUCCAUCCGCGAUCUCCUCUACCUGGCAUUCCAAUUUCACGCCGCCUCGCCUAUCCAGCUGGCCAAGUACUUUGAUGUCAACUGCAGCAUUUUCACUCCCCGAAACUACCUGUCCUCCUCCUGGGGUUCCCCUUGGGUCAUCAAUAACCCCACUCGUGAUGACCGCAGUUUCAGCUUCCAGACUCAGCUCGGGCCCAGCGGCCAUGACUCCAGUAAGAGGGUGACAUGGAACGCCCUCUUCUCCCCUCGCUGGCUCCCGCUCAGUGCCAGGUCAACCUACACUGAGCUGGGCGCUAUGCAGCCCACCCGCACAGACGGAGGCCGGCCGCGAAUUAUUGUAACACCAGCCACCUCCAGUCCAGACUUUGCUGGAGUGAGUUUCCAGAAGACGGUGAUUGUAAUGGCAAAACAGCAAGGAAAAGUGGUGGUUCGCCACGUCUACAACUUCCACCAAAGCACAGAGGAGGCCGGGGAUUUCCUGGUCGACGCUGACCUGCAGCGCCGUGCAUCCGAAUACCUCAUUGACAGCUCCCUCUAUCUGCACGUUAUUGUAAAACCCCUCUACCAUACCCUCCUCGUCGCUAGGAAAUGAAGGCAGGAAAUUGGCGUGGCCUCAUCAUCCAACCUCCACCCACACAAUCACAUUAACAUAUUCUAAAGUAAAGUGCAGUCAUAUCACAGGCACGCAUGCUUAUGUGUCAGGUCUGUGACAUCUCCAUUGUUAUUUAGGUUUUACAUUUAGUCGUCUUCCAACUAUUUAGCAGGGAGUAGUCUGGUACAAUAAAGGAGUCAGAGUUUGACAGCUCAGCUUUGAUUAUAACAUCAGUGGUGGUGGAUGGGGGGGGGGAUUAUUUCAUGCAUACUAAGUAAACAAAAUCACUGUACUGUAUCUGUUCAAGUAUUUUAUUAUAGUCUGACUGUUUGUCCCUUGAAUGUAUUAAAUCUGUGUGAUGGCAAAAGUACUGUAGAAAAUUACUUAAAAAUAAACUGUAAUGGAAGUUAAAUUUAGGCCUUUCACAAUUCUGAAUUGAAAAAUGUGGAAUUAAAGUACGGUCCUAUUAUCAGUAUUCCUUUGUGUACAGUAGUUGACUUGUAAGACAGUUGAUCCAGUGGUAUUUUUUUCAAUUAUUUACAGUUACACAAGCAUUAUCUUCUUGCUUUUAAAGCAACUUUAGAAAAGUAUGCAUUUUCAUCCUGAAACCAAUAAAAUACAAUAAAGUAAAUAUAUG